GAGUGAGAGAAGUGAGCAACAUCAAAUACUAGCUGAGUCUGCAGUUGAGAGUUGCUGUGGGUGAGAAAAGUGAGCAACUUCCCUCGCCUGUUGAGGGUUGCUGUGAGUGAGAGCAGUGGGCAACGUCGUAAGGCGUUGCUAAGUAAGUAGUUGUCUGUUGAGCGCACUGUGGGUGUCGUGUGUGUCUGUGACGAGGUGUGUGUCUGUAGUUCCAUAGACGUGGAGGAAUGUCUGUAGUUCCAAGGGAGUCUUUAUGGUGUUUUUUGUGAACAGAUCUUUAUGCUAUGUUCUUCGAGCAAAGUAUAAUGGCGUUGCGAGGGAUGAAGCCUCAAUCAUUAUUUACUUUCAAUGAUCUCAUUAUUUGCCCAUGAUCCCAGUCAGCGAUUGGGAGAGACCCCCUUUUGUUUUUAAGAGCAAGAGGAAGUUUUUUUCCAUCAACAAGAAAAUAUCGUCUUCCUUUCCUUCGGAACAAGGCGUCGAUCGAAUUUCAUUGAGUUGAAUUUUGUUCUACUCGCAUCAACAUGUCGUUGGGUCGCGUAGCAACAUUCGCGGCUCUAACCGCUGCAGGGGAAGGACUGCGCCUCCACGAUUCAUCUGAGGCAUCUUUUCUGCAAGCUGCAGCCGGUAGCCCUAGUACCGUUAAGAAAGCAACAGGUUGAUGAUCUGGAUCUGCUUAAGUAGAUAAAGGUAGGUAUUGAAAUGUAUAGAUAUAAUUUACCCAGCCUUGUGCCUGUACUGGCAUACACGUCCGUCAAAUGCUAAAAAUCGUCAGUUUCAGAUCCCAUUUCAGGAGGCGGCGCAGUGAAUAGGCGUUGGGAUCUGAAAUAGCAACAACAUAUUUUGAAUAUAUCAACCGGUUAGUUUUCACCUUUACAAAACUAGGCUUUUUAUCCCGUGCACCAAUAUGCGUUGUUACUUCAUUGAUUCAGGGAAAGAAUGAUGGCGCAAGGAAAAUUAGAUUGAUGUCGCUAGAAUGACUGCCAUGAAGAGUGCCAAAUAGCUCACCUCGCUUUCUCAGUAAGUAAAGCAAAUGAUGAAUAAGUGUGAGAGCCUUACUUAGCAUCAUGAUGAGGAUGACGAUUCUCAAUUCCGCGACAUCGUCAUGACGAUGGUGAUCAUGAUGAGUUUUUUCCAUUCUGAAUCGUAGUUCUUUUGUCCGCUACGAGCCAUCCGCACCCUAGUAACCCUCCGUUUCCCCUCUAUAUCAUGAGCGUCACUAGCGGUUGUAUAUAUCGCCAGACUCAACACGACUCGUCCCGACUGCUUCACGACUUUCUAGUCCUACUCGUACGAUAGUUCUUCGUGUCAAACAAGCUGAAUCCGGAAGCUUAUCCCUCAUUGCUGACGCAUCCCUCCCUCCUCCCUGUACGUAUUAUUUUCAUCUCUGGAGGUAUUAUUUUAAUUUCUAUUCCUUCCUCUCCCUGUACUAGAAGGUGAUUCAAGAAUAUAUUUAAGUGUUUGAACUGAUGGUCUUCCUUGGUUCAAAUCAUUAUUCUUAUCUCUCUAGUGGCUUUCAUUAUAACGGCGUCAUCCACGUCCACCGCACCAGCAGCCGACGGGGGUUGCUGUGGUAGUGAGGGUGAACCAGCAAACGGAGAAGCAUCCCCCAAGCAAGAAGAAGGCGACUGCUGUGAUUGUAGUGGCGAGAAAAAAGAGCCUGCUGAAGGUGAAGAGAAAAAUGAGAAACCCGUCACAGAAACCCCUGCACCUGCUGAAGCUCCGAAUAAAUACGAAACGGAGCAUCCAUUGGGCCAGAAACACCAAGCUGACCACGAUGAACUGUACAAAACAAUGCAAGCGCAAAAUGUUGAGGCCCAUGGACUUGAGGCCCGCGUGAUGGAUAUGGGGCAAACACUGAAUGCCUUGCAAACGGAGAUGGACAAAAAGCUGCGAGCGAGAGACGAUCUCAUGCACAAGCAUCUUGCCGACUUCGAGAUGCUUGAUGGUAUUAUAGCUACUACAGUGAUCCCUCGCUACAUGUAAAUUAUAGCACUUGAAGAGAGGCAACUUCCCUGCUGCCAAAGUAGUGCUGUUUCUCGUGUUGCAGCAGACAAUGACUUCUUUUAUUUUGAUUUUUUUGUCGUUACUUGUAUAUUGAUAUUGAUGUUAUUAAUGUAUGUUCUUAUCCACAUUAGCUGAGUCGUGCUAUCAACACAAAUUUCUGAGUCUUGGUCUUUUAUGGGAUAAAAUAGACAGUAUAUCCUUUGAAAGUUCACCUUUCGCCUUCUAUAGAGGGAGCCCGAACCUCGUUCGAAAAGGUUUGGGCCCUAGUGCUAGUUACAAGCUUCAAAGCUUUACGAGGCUUGCUUCAAGAAGUUCUUGUUUUACGAUAUAAGGGAAUGAAGUAUCAGCGUUCUCACGGCCCCGCCGUAGCAAGGUCGCUAUAAUUUUUUUCCCUGGUCGUGUCGAUGCUGUCAGUUUGAUUCAGCAAGACACGCUCCUGCAAAUCUAGCUUGGUUUUUGCCUUCGGUCCAGGAGCGACGCCCAAAGCACAUAUGUUGGUCGUUUUACUCCCUUCAUCAAUGUACCAACCUCGUCGCGGAUCGCGGGCGACGGGGUCGAGGAUUUAUGGGUGCUCUGCUUAGACGCAUAAAUCCUGUUUCAAAAGAAUAUAGUUGGCUUGAUUUGCCAUGUUAGAUCAAGUACUCCUGUAACUGAUGAGUCUUGCUUUCUUCUGCUGUAUCCGUUGCGCUGUUUCUGUAGUGCGCUUUUUCUGGAUUUUUCUGUAGUGCUGCAGGGUUUUUAUUGCGCAGGGCCUUUCCUGCUUGCUAUAAUUUGUAUGGAAUUGACUUUUGAGGGAGCAUUUCUUUGGAGAUCGCUGCGUACUACCUGCUACGUCGACUAGUAUUCUUGAAACUGAGUGAUCUCAUUCUGGGCUAGCAAGUAUUAUUAUUACUACCUGGCCCUGGCCCUGCUACGUUCCCUAGAAAAUUAGUGCUAGUAGUUCCCGAGAAAAAUUGAAGGAGCGGGAGGUGAGAUUUUCAUGCAGACCUAGUACAUCUAAUUCUGUUGAUAUAUAUAGAAAACGGUCAUCCCCCGUGAGAAUGAAACUAUUCUUCUCUGUACAAUUUCACUCCAUAGAAAUACUGAUCGUAGAACUUCCUCGGGGCACCUUAUACACUUACAAACACACUAAGCUUCUUCUAUUUUGUCUCAGGUUGAGAAAUUAUGUAAUGCACCCUUUUUGUGACGCAUGAUAAUUUAACAGCUCCGUUGAGUAAGAGAAGCCGACCGUUGCUUCUCUCUUCGCCGUUGUCAAUUUUUUGUUGAAUAAUUAGGUAACCGUAGCGCAUAACGCUCUUUUUUUGGGGGUGACCAUUCCUUCUUGUUCGCGGCAGAGAUUUAGUACAAACAUGACUUUUUGGUCGUGUAAACAUAGACUUUUUGUCGGCGGACUUGCAUUUCUCAAACACAGGUGGCCGCGCGCGAGGUGUCGCGGGAUUGCUGCCCAUGGCGGAGGGCCUCCAGUAUGCCUCCGUAGCGGCUUCCUUUGCUUGGAAGUGGAAUGGAAACCGCGACCCGAUCGAGGUUGUCUUUAACAAAUUCGCAGAGGAAAAUGCGGAAAAAAUGCUCAAAGAUCUCGAAAAGAAGACAAAGGACAUCCGCGAGAAUUCGCGGUCGAGAAUCGAGGAAGCCCUCAACGCGUUUCACAAUAAGAACGCGGAGCUCGACCAGAGAAAUGGAGAACUGCUAACCCAGUUCGAGGAGCUCUGUACAGCAGAACUCGAAAAGACCAACUACAGUCCACCUGUGAUGGAUGCAAAUCGCGCUCUUUGCCGCCUCGCGAGAAACCGUGGUGGAGCGUUUUCGAAUGCUAAAGAAGGUGGCGACAUGAUUAUGUUCUUGAAAGGACCAAAGAGUGGACAGUGGGACGGCGGUGAAAUUGCUGCCCCGAAAGAAGACGGAACGAAGAGCAUUGUCGACACUGCGAAAUCCCGGAUCUACAGCGCAUUGCGGGAAGAGAGUGAAGGCGCGGAGGAUGAGCAGGCGAAACAAUUCGCUGAGAGCGAGGUGGCACAGCUGGAUGCAGCAUUGAGCAGCGCAUCGGCGAGUCUUCAACAAUUUGUUACAAAUUCCCAGUUUAAACGAGCAAGUAGUGACUUCUUUGAGUACAAGAGCCGACUUGGGCGAAAGGCUGGUAUCAACAAGAACGCCCCCAACAAAGCCGAGCUCCCGCGAGAUGUGUACGACAUGGCGUUCGAGGGAAAUGCCGAACGAGUCAAAAAGACGAUCGAGGAGAGGACCUUGCACGCGGUUGGAGUAAAAGUAGGCGGCGAUGGAAAACUGCAGAAGGCUGACCUCGAGAAAAUGCGUGCGACAAGGGAUCCAAAAGAGGGCAUGCCUGCGAUCAUGCAACAUUACCUCCUUCCCGAAAUUCUCGAUAGCCUGGCUCAGUGGUCUUACUUGGCGCUUACGGUGAAGGGCGGCCCCGACCAAGCGAUGAACUGUGCCCUUCGGGAAAACCAUUGCCGCUCGUAUCAUAUUCUGACCAUGAGCCCUCUCAAACAUUACUCUCAUAGAACAAUCACCGUUUUUUUAUACCACUGUCCACUGCCGAAGAAAACAUGAAAAAGUGUAUCUAUCUCAUGUCGUUUGAGAAGUUGAAGUCUUUUUUCGUCCGAUUGAUUUUUCUGGUGCUUCUUGAUCGUAUCGUGCUCGUGCCUUCCUUUUCAUAAUAAGGUUGGGGCUUAGGUCCAGCGGCGCUCAAAGCACUAAAAUAUAAAACAGCCGGCUAUUUUUUACCUCGUAGAUGCAUCCCUUCAAGCAACGCAUCGACCCCAACGGCUAUAUUAAUUAGCCGGCCAAUGUGUAUUGCGCUGAUGUACCCACGCGGGCCCAGGCAGCCAGCAGAUGCUUCAGUGGCCCGCCGCGAGUCUUAGGAGUGGGCCUAUGGGCAAGAGCUAGUUGACGGUGCUGGUUCUUGGUAGUCGGCGAAUGCGAAUGAUAGAGGCUAACUAGACUCGCUCUCUCAAUUUUCUGGGAGGGUGAGUGUGACUGCUAAUUCUUGUGGCCCUCAAAGCACUUGAGUGCUUCCAGCGCAGGCCUUGCUUUGUCUCGCCAGCGUGUUUUUGGUCGGCCAUAACUGUAGUUUUGGACUCAGUUCGGGGCUGGCCGCUUGGAUACGGCUACGCGCAUUGCGCAUUAGUUCCAGGCCGAUGCACGCUGUUUCACCUGCUGCUGGGGUGUUUUCUUUGGCGACCUCGCUCCAGGCACCAGGGCCGGAUCCGCGGCGCCUUGUCUAGGUUGUUACCCCAACAGCGAGUGAAAUGAAGAGAAAUACAAAUAGUAACCGUUCGCUUUCUCCUCAAAUGGUUCACGAUGACGGGCUCUAUCAUUCAAGCGACGACUCGUGGAUCUGUUUCGCCUUGCCGGUAGUUUAGGAUGACACCUAAUGAGGCUCGGACGCCGAAUGAGCCUCGUUCCUUAUCAGGAAGUGUCCAAUUUUGUUCCCUCAUAGGCUGAGGCGUGCAGCAGAUCUUGCCUGCCUCUUACUUUAGGCUUAGGGGACGGCCUCCUUGCUUGUCUCAUCUAAGAAGGUAAGCAUAUGAGCCCUAGGUCGGCUCUUUUUCCCUCAUGGGUCCCUCCAUCCAAACUAUCUAGGGCUGCCAACGUUAUGCAUAAGGCUUACGCUUAGAUCCGGCGACGCUAGUUUUCUCUCCACCGAAACAAUAAUUACCCAGGUAUGAAAUCUUCUCGGGUAAAGGGGAGAGCUUCAGGUUCGGCAUGGAGGAUGAACACCAUCCCACUGUGGUCCAAAUCCACGAACAAUAUCAGGGCGACGAAACGCCACAAGAGCACAGGAGAGCUUUCACACAGAUUCUCGGUCAGUGGAAAGACACGAGUGCGGCCUUCGGUCUACUCCUUAGGCCCACGGAUGGCACAGUCGGACUCAAAAAGAGUCGAGCGGUCGCUAUGUUCAGUCGUGCAACGAAAAUGAAUCCAGGAUGGGACAGUGGCAAUGCUGAGAUGCAGAGGGUGGCGACGCUGCUCGAGAGGCUGAUCGCAAGUGGUCCUAUGUCGAGCGGCUUCGGGCAGCAAAUGGGUGGGGGUAUGAUCGGAGGUCAUGAUACUGGAGUCCGUAUCCCUCUUCAAUAA